AUGACGAUAGCUAUGAAGAACUACAUCCCGUUUGUUCUCGUCCUUGCCCUUGCGACUUCCGUACUCUCCACUCCCAUUCCCGCUAGCCGCCGUGCUUCUGGGAUUGUGGUGAAGUACAGCGAUAAAUAUCCUGCCGAGAACCAAACGCCAACCCGGUCUGGCGUCUCCGAAACCAUCACCUUGUCAGACAUUGAAGAGCUUCUCUCAGCCGACGUUCCUCUCCCCAGCACCCUCCUCAUGGCGCUUCCUUCCAUAAAAGCCAAGGCGACCGCUUCAGCAGCUACGCCCGCAGCUACAACCACUCAGACUUGGGACCCUGCUACCGUGGAAUUGCAGCAAAUGUUGGCCAACGUCGUGACUCGUAGCAUGUGCCUCGCGCUCGCCGGGUUCGCUGGGUGUUUCCUCGCCCUUGUCGCCUGUACCAUUCAAAGACGCUCGUAUCCUUCCAUCUGCGCAGACCACGUCGACGAGUCCUAUAUGGAUGAGAAGACCAUCAAGCCGACCGGCUCUGCGUGA